AGCCAGAAUAGGACAGACUCAUAUACCAUUCUGAUCUGGGUGCAUUUCUUCAGAAGGAAAACUGAAGACUUUACUAACAAACCCUCCAAGGUCAAAAUGAACACAGAUAGCGGUGGGUGUGCUCGCAAACGUGCUGCCAUGUCUGUCACGUUAACAUCUGUGAAGAGAGUGCAAAGUUCUCCAAACCUAUUGGCUGCAGGGCGUGAUUCUCAGUCACCAGACUCAGCUUGGAGAUCUUACAAUGAUCGAAUACCAGGGACACUGAACGGAGAUGCUACAUAUUCCUCUCUUGCAGCAAAAGGUUUCAGAAGUGUUCGACCAAACCUACAAGAAAAAAAAUCUCCAACUCAGGCAGCCCUUCCACCAGCCAGAAAAGAGAACUUUCAUAGCCCCUUGAAAACCAGUCACACACAGGGUGACAUUUUAGACUCAUUAGGAACAAACACACAAACUCCCUUCUGCACAGAGAUUUUUACUAACAAAAAGCUUCUUUCAGGAACUAUGCACUCUAAUGAUGAUUCUAGACCAACAAUUCUAUACUCUGAAGAAUCCAACACAACUAUGUCAUAUACACAAAAAAUUACUAGCCCAAUACCAGGAGCUUCCAGCACGAGUCCUGCACCAUUUUUUGACAUCAAUGCCCCAUUCCUACAAGAGAACUACAUGCAAGGUUCUCAAACUCAGAGAAUUUCUACCUUGAAACUAACGCAUAACCAGGACGCAGGAAGUGCCAUUCCCUGUCAUAAUCCACAGUUCUCUAACCCUGUUGAACUUCCUUCGUUUUUCAAAAAGCCUUGCUCACCACCACCUAACCCAGUGCCUGAGACACACACAGCAUCUCUCUCCAUUCAGAUAGCUCCCCUUUCAGGACAAGAUCCUGAAAGCCACAAACAGCUACCUGAGCUUUCUCCAGAGACUACAAAGAUACCUCUUCAGCAAGAGAGACAAAAACCUGCAGUUGCCGCGACCUCUCAGUCCUCAGAGCGCCGGCGUGAAAAUCAGCACUUAACUGCCAGUGUGUUGGAGGUAAAUGCUUCACAGACACACAGACAAACUGCAUCAGAAGCCUCUUCUUCAUGCCCUUGUCCUGCGAUUCCAUUUAACCAAACCACUUUCUCACCAGGCAGUGGCUCCAGCCCAGCAUCAGCACCUGAUGAUCUGGGACCUUCAUGCCUGUAUAACCCUCAGAGCUUUCCCCACUGUUUAUAUAAACACCCCACCCCAGCUCUUGAACGCCUUAUCCACAGCCGCGACACGGGUUCUCUCAGGACAGACUCCUCCCGCUCCGAGAGCGAGUCCUCCACAGCCAUUCUGGCUGAGCUGCAGAUGGGUAACUCUGACACCACUGACUGGUCUGAGACACCUUCCCCAACCUGGGGUCAGAGGUCUGCUGUGACAGAUGGCACCAUCUUAACCACCCCUGCUGCCACUCAUAGCCAGAUAACAGUGAAUGGCAACUCUGGCGGUGCUGUGAGCCCAAUGAGUUACUACCAAAGGCCGUUUUCCCCUUCAGCAUACUCUCUCCCAGGAUCCCUCAACUCCAGCCUUAUCAUGCAGCAUGGCAGAUCUCUUGAUUCCUCAGAGACAUAUUCCCAGCAUGCUCAGUCUCUGGACGGCACCACAGGCAGUUCAAUACCCCUGUACAGAUCCUCUGAGGAAGAGAAGAGGGUGACAGUCAUCAAAGCCCCGCAUUACCCAGGAAUCGGGCCUGUGGACGAAUCUGGAAUCCCGACAGCAAUUAGAACGACAGUUGACCGGCCUAAGGACUGGUACAAGACCAUGUUUAAGCAGAUUCACAUGGUGCACAAGCCAGAUGAUGACUCAGACAUGUAUAAUACUCCUUACACAUAUAAUGCAGGCCUGUACAGCGCACCCUACAGUGCUCAGUCUCACCCUGCUGCAAAGACCCAGACCUACAGACCUCUUUCCAAGAGCCACUCUGACAAUGGCACCGAUGCCUUUAAGGAAGCGUCCUCCCCAGUGCCUCCCCCACAUGUCCCCCCAAGACCAAGAGAUCGAUCUUCAACAGAAAAGCACGACUGGGAUCCUCCAGACAGAAAGGUAGAUACCAGAAAAUUUCGGUCUGAGCCAAGGAGUAUUUUUGAAUAUGAGCCUGGGAAAUCAUCAAUUCUGCAGCAUGAAAGACCACCCCCUCUCCCAACAACUCCGACACCCGUUCCGACGCCAGCGGGCCCGAAGCCUGUGUCCUCCGCGCCCCACGCAGAAGCCGCGCGUGGCCCCUCCCCUCCGCCCCGGAGCGGGGUCCCCGCCGCGCGCCCGGGCGCCCCGGCUCCCGCUCCCACCCGGACUGAUCGCAUAAACCCAGAUGACAUAGAUUUAGAAAAUGAGCCCUGGUAUAAAUUCUUUUCAGAGCUGGAGUUUGGACGCCCGCCUCCUAAAAAGGCUCUGGACUAUGUUCAAGAUCACUCUUCUGCUGUUUCCAAUGAGGCUUCCAUAUAUCAGUCCUCCAUAGACAGAAGCCUGGAGAGGCCAAGCAGUGCUGCAAGUAUGACCGGUGACUUCAGGAAGCGGAGGAAGAGUGAGCCUGCAGUCGGUCCGCCCAGGGGCUUGGGGGAUCAGUUUGCGAGCAGGACCAGCCCCAGCAGGGUGGACCUCCCAGGAUCAAGCACUACACUGACAAAGUCUUUCAUUAGCUCUUCUCCUUCCUCACCCUCCAGAGCAAAAGGUGGGGAUGAUAGCAAAAUGUGUCCAUCCCUUUGCAGUUACUCAGGGUUCAACGGCACCCCCUCCAGUGAGUUAGAGUACUAUAGUCCUUAUAGACAGCAUCUAGAUGUCCCAAGGGACUCCCAAAGGGCCAUCACUUUCAAGAACGGCUGGCAGAUGGCCAGGCAAAAUGCAGAGAUCUGGAGCAGCACUGAAGAAUCAGUGUCCCCCAAAAUCAAAUCACGUAGCUGUGACGAUCUCCUAAAUGAUGACUGUGAUAGCUUCCCUGACCCACAGACCAAGUCAGAAAGUAUGGGCUCCCUGUUAUGUGAAGAGGAUUCCAAAGACAGCUGCUCCAUGACCUGGGGUUCCUCCUACAUCCAGGAGGGUCGCAGUAACAGCAGAUCAAGGAUCAGACACAGGUCAGCACACAACGCCCCCGGGUUCCUAAAAAUGUACAAGAAAAUGCACCGCAUCAACCGGAAAGAUUUGAUGAAUUCAGAGGUGAUCUGCUCGGUGAAGUCGAGAAUAAUGCAGUACGAAAAGGAGCAGCAGCACAAGGGCCUGCUCCACGGGUGGAGCCAGUCCUCCACAGAGGAGGUGCCCAGGGACAUGGUGCCCACCCGCAUCUCAGAAUUUGAAAAGUUGAUUCAAAAAUCAAAAUCCAUGCCAAAUUUAGGAGACGAAAUGUUAUCUCCUGUAACCCUCGAACCACAACAAAAUGGUUUGUGUCCCAAGAGGCGAUUUUCCAUCGAGUCUUUGCUGGAGGAAGAAAAUCAGAGUAGACACCCUUCUCAGGUUCAGCGAAGCUACAAGUCAAAAGCCCUGGUGCCAAUCCACAUCGAAGUCACCAGCGAUGAGCAACCCAGAACCCACGUGGAAUUUUCUGACAGCGACCAGGAUGGAGUUGUGUCUGAUCACAGUGACUACAUCCAUGUGGAAGGGUCAUCCUUUUGCAGUGAAAGUGAUUUUGAUCACUUUUCAUUCACAUCCUCAGAAAGUUUUUAUGGAUCUAGCCACCACCACCACCACCAUCACCAUCACCACCAUCACCGGCACCUCGUCAGCUCCUGCAAAGGCCGGUGCCCAGCCUCCUAUACUCGGUUCACCACCAUGUUAAAACACGAAAGAGCUAAGCAUGAAAGUGCUGAACAGCCUAGAAGACAAGAAAUAGACCCCGGCCUGUCUAAACUUGCAUUUCUAGUCAGCCCUGUGCCUUUCCGGAGGAAAAAAAAUGUGACUCCCAAAAAACAGACUGAAAAGGCAAAAUGUAAAGCAUCUGUAUUUGAGGCUUUAGACUCUGCCCUUAAAGACAUCUGUGACCAAAUCAAGGCUGAAAAGAGAAGAGGAAGUUUGCCAGACAACAGUAUAUUGCACCGUCUUAUCAGUGAACUGCUGCCAGAUAUUCCUGAAAGGAACUCAUCACUUAGAGCUCUGAAAAGGAGCCCCACGCACCAGCCUUUCCACCCACUGCCUCACGAUGGUGCUAUUCAUUGUCCACUGUACCAGAAUGAGUGUGGGAGAAUGCCGCACAGUGCCUCCUUCCCGGACGUGGACACAGCCAACAACAGCUACCACCACCAAGACCAUGACAGUGCCCUGAGUCUCCAAGACCGAGAGUCCCCUCGAAGUUACUCUUCCACUUUGACUGACUUGGGGAGAAGUGCAUCAAGAGAAAGAAGAGGAACUCCAGAAAGAGAAAAAUUUCCUGCAAAAGCUGUUUAUGAUUUUAAGGCACAGACAUCUAAGGAGUUGUCAUUUAAGAAAGGUGACACUGUCUACAUCCUCAGGAAAAUUGAUCAAAAUUGGUAUGAGGGAGAGCACCAUGGAAGAGUGGGCAUUUUUCCAAUCUCGUAUGUAGAGAAACUCACACCUCCCGAAAAAGCACAACCUGCAAGACCACCUCCCCCAGCCCAGCCUGGAGAAAUCGGAGAAGCUAUAGCCAAAUAUAAUUUCAAUGCAGACACAAACGUGGAGCUCUCACUGAGAAAGGGAGAUAGAAUUAUUCUCCUUAAAAGAGUUGAUCAAAACUGGUAUGAAGGUAAAAUUCCAGGAACCAACAGACAAGGCAUCUUCCCCGUUUCCUAUGUAGAAGUUGUCAAGAAGAAUAUAAAAGGUGCUGAGGAUUACCCCAACCCUCCAAUACCCCACAGCUACUCUAGUGAUAGAAUUUACAGCUUAAGUUCCAAUAAGUUGGCUUCCAGUGAACUAACCCUUCCUCCCACCCAUAAAAUGUCACCUGGCUCAGAUGAAGGCACCUCCCAGGGAAGGGCCCAGGAGUGCUUGACCCUGACAAACGGGUGUCCACCAGCAAACAGUUGGACUCCAGUGCCGUCUUCUUUUCUGGACACCUUUUUGGAUGAAUUAGAGAAGUUCAGUGCUUUAACUUUGUCAGCCAACCAAGCCAGACCAGAUGUUCUAGAGGACACUAUCCUUGAAAUUAAGGAAGAGCCCUCUGCUCUCCUCCCGUUGUCUCCGGCAUGUGUACCUGCAGGAUCAUCUCGCUCUGUGCUGCCUUUCUCCCACUCCAUUACGACCUCAGCCACAGCCCAGCCUUACAAUGCAAGGCCACUUCAGGAUCCCAUAGAAACCACUCAAAACAAAUUUACAGAUUUGAGAAAAAUGAGAAAGAGCUUUUCAGACCCUAAAAGGGUUCUCGAAGUGCUAGGUGAUAAAUUUGUUGCCUCUGCAUGCUCCAAUGUGGGUCCCUUGCCUAUAAUCCUCCCUGUUAUCGGAGAGGAAGAUGAGGAAAGUGGUGAGGGGGUCACGUCAGGCAUCCGAAGAUGGCGGCCAGAGUCUCAAGAACAAGAUGCUUUGUGGUGUGGCCAUGGUGGUACAGAGGUGACACCAGAGCUGCACAUUGAAGAGGAGAAAGAAGAGGAGAAUCCUGUCUGCUUUACAUAUCCAGUAGGCACCCCUACAGAUCCCAGCCUCUCUAAGGAAGACAGCAAUGCAGCAGAAAAGAGUAAUGAGCGAUCUUCGUUUUCUCCAAGAGAUCGAAUGACUACGCCUUUGUCCAGCUGCCUGCUUUCCUCCCCUGCAUCUCACUGUCCCCUGGCCUCUGUCUCUGACCUGGUCUCUACACUUUCCCAGCCCGCCCAGCCCUACUCACCUCCUCUCCUCCCUAAAUACUCUUAUCACCAGGAGGCUGAUUUAAAAAGUGAGAUAUUUGUCCUGGGUAAGCCUCCUCGUAGCCCAGUGAUGUCUAAGAGAUCCUGCGGCUCGCCCGGCAGCAGUGCAAACAGGCCACAGCGUCCUGUGUUUACUCAUGAAAACAUUCAAGGUGGGGGGGAACCGUUUCAGGCUCUGUAUAACUAUACCCCUAGGAAUGAAGACGAGCUGGAACUCAGAGAAGGUGACGUCAUUGAUGUGAUGGAGAAGUGUGACGAUGGAUGGUUUGUUGGAACCUCGAGAAGAACCAAAUUCUUUGGUACUUUUCCCGGAAACUAUGUCAAGAGGCUGUGAAUCACUCCCUCUCCAUACUUAUGCCACAUUUCAGCAAAACAUCUGCAUAAACUUGCCUGAAACAUCUGUGCAGGCCUCUCGUUGUCAUGCCUUAUGGCUUCCAGUAGGCCAUCACCAUCUCCACCUGCUGCCAGCAAACCACCAGCAGAGUACCUGCCGCUGUGAGCCUUGGGGAGACAUGGCAGACUUGCAUCCACAGGAAAGUACAUCUUCACGCUUUCUGCCCUAAACCUUUAAAAGUCAGUGCAGGAGAUCAGAACAAAAAUUAUUAUAUUUAAAAAGAAUAAAAUAGUUAGGAGAAAGAAAAUGUCUGCAGGAGGCUCUGUGGUCUCUGGGCUGUAUUUCAACAUCUGGAAGAUGCUCCACCAAGCAACCAGAAGAUUGUUUAUUCCAAAAUGCUGUGGUUUGCAUUUCCACAUCCUUAGGUUGGCAGUCUAUUUUCCUUUCACACGUUUGCCUAGUGUCCUGGUUUACACUAUAUGACAACUGUACUUCAGCUACCGUUUGCCUGCACUUAUAUGUUGUUAUAUGCACAGUGAUUACAAAACCUAAGGCAAGACUAGGAAAGUUAAUUUGUAUGGGUGUGAUUUUGUUAACUGAAUGUAUGUUUUCAAGGAGGAGUCUUUCCCUGCAAUUUUUUGUACUUUUUAGAAGUACAAACAGUGAGUGAAUAAGAGCCUUAGGUAAUUAACAUGAGAAUAAAGAAGGAUUAGGUAGACCACAGAAAAAAUUAUUGUGUUGUAAAGUUGCAUUGCUAUUUUAUAUUAAAAUGUAAUAAUCAGCAUCAUGAACAAUGAGCUCUUAGUGUUUUAUUUAUCUGAUGAAAUUUAAAUAAAGGCAGUGUUAGGAGGUGCAGAGUACUAGUCUAAUAUAGACACUUGAAAGUAUCUGUAAGCAAUAUUAGUAGGUAAGGUUUCACUGUGUGUACACAUACACAUUUGAGGUUGUAUGAGAACAUAUAAUCCAUAUGACAUGUUGUACACUUUAUGGAAAUGUAAAAGAAUCCCACAUAUUAUUUUAUAGAAAUAGAAUACUUCAGAAGUGUCACAAGUAUUAAGGCUGGCUUUAGCAAGGAUUAUGGUCAAUACAAUUAUUUUUACUAUGAUAAUUAUUUUUCUUCUAUGGAACCCAGAAUCCUGGCUACAUUUAAGAACAGGAAUAUGCUGAGCCUGAUUUUCCUGGUGUAUGUAAAAUAUUUCCUAGGAAUAAAUUGGGCACUUUCUUAGAGACUGUUAAAUCAUUCAGGUUAUUUUUUUUUUCUGCCCUGAAAUAGAUCCUGAAAGAUUUAAUAGGGUUAACAGUGCCUAAAUUGCAUAUACCCUGAAAACUAGCUUUGUAUUUCUUAUGAAUUUGCAAAAGAACUGUUCAUCUUUGGACCUUGAGCACCUUAUAGAUAAAACUUUUUAUGGCAUUUCUUCAUGGACAGUGAUUGAUCUUUUCACAAUAUGUAGACUGUAGAAUUUUGUACAUAUAUUUGUUCUUUUUUGUACAGACUGUUUAGUUGUUGAGAAAACAGGGGAACUUCCUAAUUUGAUCUUGUCCUGCACUUAAACUAAGCUAAAACACUUUCAGAAGUUUGUCCUCCACGUACCACACAGAUCACAAGCCCCCCUUUGGUAGUGUAAUUCUGUAAGACAUGCAAAUGUUAAUGAAUUGAAAAGGUCUUAGCAGCCAAACUGAAAUGUACAUAAAUACUGAUUACAGAGGAAUUUCACUAGGAAGAAAGUAAAGGAACAUCCUUGGGUAGCCAACCAUGAUUAUUGUCAAGUUCACAACCAGCUUUAUAUUUUAAAGGCUUUGGGUUUGAAAUUAAGUCAACUGCAUGCAGCUUUGCUAAUAAAUGACUAAUUCUCUUUGAUGCAAUUUAUGAGACAAGACUUCAAAAUCUGUUGCCUGUCAUAUUUAAGAAAAAGUACUGUUUCUAUUCUCUGUAUCUGAUUUUAAAAGGAAAACUACUUAUUCCUGACUUUCAGGUAACUGACUGAAUUCUUACAAGCAAAGAUCGUUGUGUUUUUCUUGAGUAGACAUCUAAUAAAUUUUGCUUGGAAAUGUA